GAUCGCUUCGCGCCUCAGUUUCGUUUUCGAUCCCAUCGUUGGUGGGUGUUUGGUUGGCUUGGUAGGCUUUGGAAUAGCUUGUGGCUUGUGUAGCGUAUCACAUCGAAAAUGCCGUUCCCAUACAGCAUAGACUUUGUAGAGCCCAAACAAAACGAACAGUUGCUGAAAGAUUUUCAUGGAGAACGUACCGGAUUUGUACAAGUCGGCGAAAAGCGAUGGUUUUUCCCGUCCCGCUUCAAGCAGUAUGCGGAAAGUUUAUACUCUUUCGAAGCACGCCCGGACGACACGUGGAUCGUCACCUAUCCACGGUCGGGCACCACAUGGUCGCAGGAGAUGGUUUGGUUGCUGUGCAACGAGCUUGACUUUGAAACCGCGAAAAGCAUUCCGCUGACGCAGAGAUUUCCCUUCCUGGAAUUCCAUCUGUUUGUGCACGAUGAAGUGAAGGCUGAAUUUUUGAAGGAAAACGAGCACGACGUAGAAAGCAUGAAGUUCAUCGAACAACUUUCUCAACCGGCCGGUUUCAUGUUGGCGGAAAUGAAGACGCCCCGUUUCAUCAAGACACAUCUGCCCAUCUCGCUGCUACCGCCGAGUGUGUUUGAGCAGAAGGCAAAGAUCAUCUACGUCGCACGGAACCCUUCCGAUGUGGUUGUGUCCUACUACCAUCUGAAUCGACUGUACCGAACGCAAGGAUACGUUGGAGAUUUUGAAACCUUUUACAACUAUUUUGAAAAAGAUUUAACACCCUGGUCGCCGUACUGGGAACACAUCAAGGAAGGUUGGGCCGAGCGGGAUCGGGAAAACGUGCUGUUUAUGUACUACGAGGACAUGAAGCGCAAUUUGCCGGACACAAUACGCAAGACGGCAGCCUUUUUGGGUAAAAGCUUCUCCGAUGAGCAGAUCGACACCAUGUGCACCCAUCUGGACAUUCGGAACUUCCGCCACAACAAAUCGGUUACAUGCGAGGAGCUGAAAGCUGUGGGCAUACUCAACAGUGGCGAGCAGGGGUUCGUCCGCAAUGGUCAGGUUCGGGGCAAUGCGGAAGAGAUGACGGACGAUAUCAAACGACGGCUCAAUGAGUGGACGGAACGGAAUUUGAACGGAACCGAUAUCCGGUUUCCCGAUUGUUAGUAGUGGCCAGUGUGGGGAUGGAGAGCUUGCAUUGCUGUAGGAUCGAUAUAAAAGAGUUUUGUUGAUGGAUUGGAUAUGCUAAUUUUUAAAAUGUUUAUUUUUUAUUUUUUAAUAAACACCCCAAAAAACAACUUA